AUGGAGCUCCACUAUCUUGCUAAGAAGAGCAGCCGGGCAGCCCUGUGUGAUGCUGUGGACUGGAGUUCAGGAGGGCUUCCCAGGGACCAGGCAGAUGCAGCAGCCACUAAAGCUGCUCUCUGCUGCCAGAGACAUUGUACGUCGGCACCAAGAGCACCAGAGAUGGAAGGGUCUAAACUUAGCCCUUCUCCAGCAUCCCCUUCCCCCUCCCUGCAAGACAGUGCUAUUCAGCCAGACUUCUUGCCACCAGGGCUUCUCAACUCAGGAAACAACCAAAUAACAGCAGAACAGAAAGUCUGCAACUGCUGUAGCCAGGAAUUAGAAACCUCUUUUACCUAUGUGGAUCAGAAUGUCAACCUGGAGCAAAGGAACCGGCGCUCCCCUUCAGCAAAAGGGAGUAAGCACCUGGUAGACCUUGGCUGGGAAAAUCCAAAUGAGUGGUCCCACGAGGCUGCCAUAUCACUGAUAUCCGAAGAUGAAGAUGAUACAAGCUUGGAAGCCACCUCUUCAGGGAAGUCAGUAGACUAUGGUUUCAUAAGCGCCAUCUUGUUCUUGGUCACUGGCAUCUUGCUGGUGAUCAUCUCUUACAUUGUCCCACGGGAUGUGACUGUGGAUCCCAACACUGUGCCGGCCCGGGAGAUGGAACGUCUGGAGAAGGAGAGUGCGAGGCUGGGGGCUCACCUGGACCGCUGUGUGAUUGCGGGCCUCUGCCUUCUCACGCUUGGGGGGGUCGUUCUUUCCUGUUUGCUAAUGAUGUCCAUGUGGAAGGGGGAGCUAUAUCGGCGUGACAGGUUUGCCUCUUCCAAAGAGUCUGCGAAACUCUACGGUUCCUUCAACUUUAGGAUGAAAACUAGCACUAAUGAAAACACCCUGGAGCUGUCCUUGGUAGAGGAAGAUGCUCUCGCUGUACAGAGUUAA